AUGCCGUUCCUCUUCAAGCAACCCAAGCUCUUGCCGACGCCUCCCGGUUCCCCAUUGCCAGGGACCGGCACUUCCAGGUGCUCCAUCGAAGACAUGCCGCCUGAGAUUGUCAUCAAAAUCAUGGGAUUUCUGCCGUCGAGAAUCGAGCUCAUAAGCCUUGGUGCGAGCUCACGGUAUCUUGCCAAAGUGCUCAGCCUGCACAGGAUCCCGAUUCUCAAGGCGAUACUGACCAACAUACUUCACCCUUCCAACCUGGAUAUUUGCCUCUUGACCAUGGGGGUUAUACAAGUCACUCGAGAGGGAGAAGAUGUCUGGCAGUGUUUGUAUGCUCUUUCACAGCGCCCGACGGUGGACACAAUCCGCGACACCGACACGCUCUGCAACAUGGUCGACCUGGCCGCGUACAUCAACUUCAUGGUCGAUAUAUACGCAUAUCCAAAGCAUCCGAAUACCUUUUGGAGACGGGCUUUGCGCAAGUACGCCAACCGAUGGCCCGACGGCUGCGUCCCGGAUGGCCUUGUCAUUAUCGACCAGUCGACGAGAGAAGACCUGCAACUUGUGGCGGCCCGCCUCUGGAACGUGCGAGACGCGGCUCUCGGAUACUGCCCCAGCGCGGCACCUGCAACAGUACACUCAAAAGGGGCCAUGGCACUGUUCCAGCGGGAAAUGUUCUGCGCAGAGCUGAAGCUGCGGUGCGACCUGGUGACGGGGCACGAGCUUGGGAUCCCCGAGUGGAUGUCCGAAGAGUCGCCCGGUGACGGAGUGCAGAGCUUUCUCGAGCUGCUAUGCUGGGGCCGCGACGAUGGCGAGGUGUGGACAGAAAUGAAUCGGUCGUCUUGGGCCGAGGGCAGAGCACUGGGAAUUCGCUUCUACCUCACCCUGGCCAGAUACAUGCCGCACUAUGCCAACCGGGACGAGAUCGAGGAAAUUUGCACCGCCAUCGAUGGCUUCAUAACGCCCUACCGGUAUCCAGAUCUAGUCAGGGACACUCGUGCAUGGUUCUUUGAGUUUCAGGAGGCGGCGUGGGAAGGCUUGUGGGAGCACGCUGAAGAGUACUGCCGGCAACUCGACAAUGGGCUUGUGGAUGACAUUGAAGGGGGAACGGAUUUCUUUUGA